AUGGAUGCUGGUCGUGGCGGUCGAGGUGGAUUUCGUGGAUCAUUCGGUGGUCGAGGGCGCGGGCGUGGACGUGGUCGCAACAGGGGACGAUGUCGUGGACGUGGACCCUUCGCGAAAGAGUGGAAACCGGUGGCACAAUUAGGUCGCUUCGUGGCUGAUUCUAAGGUCACUACCUUGGAAGAAAUCUACAUGUUCAGUUUGCCCAUUAAAGAGCCCGAGAUCAUUGAUCACCUUUUAGGAUCAUCUUUGGAAGAUGAAGUGCUGAAAAUCAUGCCGGUGCAGAAACAAACUAGGGCCGGUCAACGUACUUGUUUCAAGGCUAUUGUGGCCAUGGGUGAUCAUAAGUGCCACGUUGGUCUGGGAGUGAAAUCCGCGGGUCCAGAUAAUAUCCACCCAGCCGUCAUAAAACCGAUAGAGUCCUUAAUAAUUCCACAACUAGUCACAAUGUUCAACGACUCUCUGAACACGCGCCGGAUUCCGGAGGAGUGGAAACAUGCCACNUGGAAACCGGUGACACAAUUAGGUCGCUUGGUGGCUGAUUCUAAGGUCACUACCUUGGAAGAAAUCUACAUGUUCAGUUUGCCCAUUAAAGAGUCCGAGAUCAUUGAUCACCUCUUAGGAUCAUCUUUGGAAGAUGAAGUGCUGAAAAUCAUGCCGGUGCAGAAACAAACUAGAGCCGGUCAACGUACCCGUUUCAAGGCUAUUGUGGCCAUGGGGGAUCAUAAAUGCCACGUUGGUCUGGGAGUGAAAUGCGCCAAAGAAGUUGCAACAGCCAUCCGUGGAGCUAUCAUUCAGGCUAAAUUGUCCGUGAUUCCUGUCCGAAAAGGUUACUGGGGUAACCUGAUCGGCAAACCGCACACUGUUCCUUGCAAAGUUACUGGAAAGUGCGGCUCUGUGACUGUGCGAUUAAUCCCUGCCCCCCGUGGAACCGGCAUUGUCGGUGCUCCAGUUCCAAAGAAACUCUUGCACAUGGCCGGUAUUGAGGACGUUUAUACCAGCGCCCGUGGACAAACAGCUACACUCGGCAAUUUUGCCAAAGCUACUUACGCUGCAAUUCGGGCGACUUAUGAAUACCUCACUCCUGAUCUGUGGCACGUCGCUCCGAAGACCAAGCAUCCGUAUGUGGAAUAUGCUGAUUACCUGAACGAGGUUGCAAAACACGCUUAA